GCUCAGCACGGGUCAGGGCGUCCACUGAGCCUCAGGACCAGGGUGGCACUUCUCAACGAUGGGCAGGAGGGACCUCGGCGGCGACCCCUAAAACAAUACCAUGCCCGGGGAGUCCCUCUGCUGCGGUGCCAGCUUCUUCCCUUUCCACCUCCCCGACCCGGUCGGAUUCGGAUGAGCUAAGGAGACAAGACCACCAGAUUGAAGACUCUGCUUACCUAAGGAAUUCCUAGGCUGCUCUAAGUUGGCCUGACUUACUGUAGAAGAAGCAAGAUUUGCCUGUCUGGCUGGACUUCUGUUGGCAUCACUCUUGGCUUAUGUGGAAAAUUCUCCCUGUUGAGUUGUUUUGCACAUGAAGGACCACUGUAUGAGGGCGACAUAGGCAGGCCAGACUAAAGACGUCAGAAAGAUUGUUUUACCAUCUGCCCUCAGGUCAUUUCUUCUAUCAGAAGUUCUGGACUUUGACGGAACCUGGUCUAGUCACUCUGAUUUUGCUUUCGUUUUUCUUUAUUAUUUGCUGUUGCUUUAUUUUUAAUUUUUCCCCACCAUCACAUUGUAUUUUAUAUCUGUCCCUCAGCAAUGGGCCUACAGACUACAAUGUGGCCCAGCCAUGGGGCUUUUUUUCUAAAAUUUUGGCUUAUCACUUUCCUGGGGCUCUACUCACAAGUGUCGAAACUCCUGGCCUGCCCUAGUGUAUGCCGUUGCGACAGGAACUUUGUCUACUGUAAUGAGCGAAGCUUGACCUCAGUGCCUCUUGGGAUCCCGGAGGGCGUAACCGUACUCUACCUCCACAACAACCAAAUUAAUAAUGCUGGAUUUCCUGCAGAGCUGCACAAUGUACAGUCAGUGCACACGGUCUACCUUUAUGGCAACCAACUGGAUGAAUUCCCCAUGAACCUUCCUAAGAACGUCAGAGUCCUCCAUUUGCAGGAAAACAACAUUCAGACCAUCUCUCGUGCUGCUCUCGCUCAGCUUCUGAAGCUGGAAGAACUACACCUAGAUGACAACUCCAUAUCUACUGUGGGGGUAGAGGACGGGGCUUUCCGAGAGGCGAUUAGCCUCAAACUGUUGUUUUUAUCAAAGAAUCACCUGAGCAGCGUGCCUGUUGGACUUCCUGUAGACUUGCAAGAGCUGAGAGUGGACGAAAACCGAAUUGCAGUCAUAUCAGACAUGGCCUUUCAGAACCUCACAAGCUUGGAGCGUCUGAUUGUGGAUGGGAAUCUCCUGACUAACAAGGGCAUUGCUGAGGGCACCUUCAGCCAUCUCACCAAGCUCAAGGAAUUUUCCAUAGUCCGGAAUUCGCUCUCCCAUCCACCUCCUGACCUCCCAGGUACGCAUCUGGUCAGACUCUACUUGCAGGAUAACCAGAUAAACCACAUCCCAUUGACAGCCUUCUCAAACCUCCGUAAGCUGGAAAGACUAGAUAUUUCCAACAAUCAGCUACGAAUGUUGACUCAAGGGGUCUUCGAUCAUCUCUCCAACCUGAAACAGCUCACUGCUCGGAAUAAUCCUUGGUUUUGUGACUGCAGUAUUAAAUGGGUCACAGAAUGGCUCAAAUAUAUCCCUUCUUCCCUUAAUGUGCGUGGUUUCAUGUGCCAAGGUCCUGAGCAAGUCCGGGGGAUGGCUGUCAGGGAAUUGAACAUGAAUCUUUUAUCUUGUCCCACCACAACUCCUGGCCUUCCUAUCUUCACCCCAGCUCCAAGUACAGUUUCUCCAACAACUCAGCCUCCUACUCUCUCUGUUCCAAGCCCCAGCAAAGGCCCUGUGCCUCCAACCCCUACCCCAUCGAAACUUCCCACCAUCCCUGACUGGGAUGGAAGAGAAAGAGUGACCCCGCCCAUUUCUGAAAGGAUCCAACUUUCCAUCCACUUCGUGAACGAUACUUCGAUUCAAGUCAGCUGGCUCUCUCUCUUUACUGUGAUGGCAUACAAACUGACAUGGGUGAAAAUGGGCCACAGUCUUGUAGGGGGCAUAGUUCAGGAACGAAUUGUCAGUGGUGAGAAGCAGCACCUGAGUUUGGUUAAUUUAGAGCCCAGAUCCACCUACCGGAUUUGUUUAGUGCCGCUGGAUGCAUUCAACUACCGCACUGUGGAAGAUACCAUCUGUUCUGAGGCUACUACCCAUGCCUCUUAUUUGAACAAUGGCAGCAACACUGCUUCCAGCCAUGAGCAGACAACUACCCACAGCAUGGGCUCCCCUUUCCUGCUCGCGGGCUUAAUUGGGGGUGCAGUGAUUUUUGUGCUCGUGGUUUUGCUCAGCGUUUUUUGUUGGCACAUGCACAAAAAAGGACGAUACACCUCCCAGAAAUGGAAAUAUAACAGGGGCCGACGGAAAGACGACUACUGUGAGGCAGGCACCAAAAAAGACAACUCCAUCCUGGAGAUGACGGAAACCAGUUUCCAGAUCGUCUCCUUAAAUAACGAUCAGCUUCUUAAAGGAGAUUUCAGACUGCAGCCCAUUUACACCCCAAAUGGGGGCAUUAAUUACACAGACUGCCACAUCCCCAACAACAUGCGAUACUGCAACAGCAGUGUGCCAGACCUGGAGCGCUGCCACACGUAACAGCCAGAGGUCCCACGUUAGAAAGGUGGACAACCAAGCUCUCAAGAACACACAUAUGUGUGCACAUAGAGACUCACAGAUUACAUUUGAUAAAUGUUACCCAGAUGCAUUUGUGCAUUUGCAUACUCUGUAAUUUAUACGGUGUACUAUAUAAUGGGAUUUAAAAAAAAAGUGCUAUCUUUUCUAUUUCAAGUUAAUUACAAACAGUUUUGUAACUCUUUGCUUUUUAAAAUUAAAAAAAAAAAAACUGUUGCUGAAGUACUGUACUGGGUUGUACAAUGAGGACCCAAUGCCAAGGCAGAAGAAGGGGUGAUUCAUACUUAAGAUACAUAUUAACCACUUUGCUGUUGAAGCUGUCAGAAUAAAUCCCUUCUCUAGAGCUGAUAGGCAUAUGAAAGAAUAGAUUCAGAUGGGCUCAUCAGGGUAAGAGGGUUAGUUUGAGUAAAGAGAGAAUGGCCUAGUUAUUUCUAUGUUUUCUAUACCUCCUGGCCUAGAAGAAACACUGUUUGAAAAAAAAAAAGUCCAUGAUAUAAUAAUAGAGGUAGUUAUUCCAAUUUGACCCAAUGCAACAUACAGAACACCAUGAGGAAGCCAGUUCCCAUGAGAUAAGUUAGGCCUGCUUGACCAAAUCAAAGAAACUGAGAGAUUUGAAAUGUCCUUAAAACCCCAGGGUUGGCUUUCUGACUGUGAACUUCAACAUCACUCUUCAUGCUUCCCUGGCCUUGUGUGAGAACAGAGUUGGAAACCUGAGUCUGAUUCUAGUCAUCUUCAGGGACCAAUAUGGUCAAUUCUAGCAAGAAAAUUCCCCUCAAAACUGUCAGUAUUCAAAUCACAUGUCAGGUUGAAUCAUAUCCAACAGAGUUAUAUUCUAGAAUAAUUUUUUAGAAGAGGCUAAUAAAAAUAAUGGGAAGAAUUAUAUUGAAUGGAGUUAUUUUUGAUAAUGAAAAUUAUUUGGGUAGAUUCACUGAGGCUAUAUCAACAUGGUAUUUAGUUCAACAAAGAACAGUGUUUGGAAUAUUUUACAGUAAUGUGUUUAUUUAAAAAGUACUAAUACCACUUAGAAAAAAAUCCGUGAUUCUCUUACACUGUGUCAGCUGACUUUGUUUGUAUCAUGUUGAAAUAGCUCGAAUUAAUACCUAUACCCCCUCUCAAAUUCUUGUCUUCCAAUCAUCUUGCAUACAUUUUUUUGUGAUUAUGUUGUUUAUACCAC